CAGCAUGCUCCUUAGGAGUGUGAGUAUGCGCUUCACAAAUUUUGCAUUUAUGAUGAUGAUUAUGAUUAUUAUUAGUAGUAUUUGUCCCCUAACCCUUGUUGUAGUCAGCAAUUAGCAGGAAUUGUAUCUCCAUAUAUCUAUUUUCUAUACCCCCGAGGAACGUGGUGGUUUUGAACCCAAUAGAGCAAUAGCAUUCUAGGAAAAGUUUUACCCCACUUAAUUAGCUCAUUAAUCUUGUGGUCCUCUGUGUGCGUGCAUGCGUGUCUGCGUGCUUGUGUGUUGUAAGAGAUCCACAAGGCUCAUCUCAUCUAACCAAGUGUUACAAAUAUAUUUUGUUGCCUGGAGAAAGGGUCUACGCUUUAUUUCGCUCCAUGUAGCUCGCUGACCCGAGUCCUGAGGCUGGCUACAGAGCCAUGAUGCCGCCAAGAAACAACAGCUACCCUGAGGGCAGUAACUCUGCCAACAGCAGAACAAACUUUUUGUGGUGUCGUCUCCCUUGAAACCUUGGGCGGGGGGAUAUCUCCGGGCAACGCUGAGUACCGCUGCUCAGAAAACUACCUGUGCAGACAACACAAGGCCAUGUCCGGUAGUCCGACUAUGCAAUGUUCACACAGUGCAAUGUCCGUGUUCACUAACACAAACAUUGGGCAGAAAACGCUCAGUAAAAUACAAUGGGAGAGCUUAGGACAAAAGCAAAAAUUCGAUUCUGCAUCCACCACAAACACCAACUCACUGUCGCCCUUUUACAUGGCUAGCCACACCUGUAGCCAGACUGACCACUGCAUGGCUAGCCACACACUGUAGCCAGACUGACCACUUUAACUACAGUAACUAAAAGCUGUAUAGCGCUAAUGGUUUCAUUCAUAUUUGUUCUUCCACUAAAGAGGACGGUAGUUCCCGAGCAGAAUGUUUCACUAAAAUUCUGGCUCUUAUUCGUGGGGUGUGGUAUUUGGUCUGAUACUUCGUAUUGUCUUCAGCUCCCACAGAUGUGGACAUUGGUCGUUAGAGACAUGUCACCCUGUCACAGCAGUGUGCGCUCACUUCUGUUAUUUCCCGUUAAUACCACAUUGUAUUUUUCUUGAAACAGCCCUGAACUCUGACCUACACUGAGGUAUAGUCUGUGCUGUGUAGCCUACUCCCCUCACUUCCGGAACAUUGUUACCUGCGUCACCUGUGACAUCACAGCGCAAUGACGUAACGCCAGUAGCCAGGUGAUGAUCUACAGGUAAGAUGGCUGGCCUGAGUGAGGAGUCCUGUGUGUGGGACUACACCACAACCUGGUACUGCAAGUGCUGCGGCCGUUUCUGUGCCAACUGUUGCGGUCGCUCGUGCGCCGCGUGCUGCGUGCAGGGGCAGGAGUCUUCACCAGGAGACUGGGCACCAUCACGCCUGGGUACAGCGGCCUCACACCUGGACAAAGUAUCGGGGGAGUCCCCCCAGCUCUCCUACUGGCACAAAGGGAAGAAAGCCUACAUCCCGGACUAUGACAGGAUCCUCAGGGUACCACCAUUAAGAAAGGUGUUCACCGGCUAUGGGUACACCGAUCCCGAUGUCAAGCUCAUGGCUCACGCCGCCUGGUCUUGGGAAGAACCUCGCUAUGACUUCGACAUGCAGGUGGCCAUCACUAACCCCUCCUCCACACAGGUCAGCAUACAUUAUGCACAGGGCAUGGACCUCCCAGUCAAGGCCCCCAGGGAUGAAAACGUGUACAGUCUGGCAGCAGAGCUACCUCCCCUUUCAUACCACCUCAGUCUGUGCAGAGAUACCCCGUACUGUCUGAUCCACUUGCCCGUCCACCCACAGUAGGACCACACCACACACGGCAAGAGUAGUUCUAGCUGACAACUUGCUACGACAAUGGCAGCUAGAAAACAGUCGGGGCCUACAGGAUUAUAACUGACAGCUGGCUACAGCAAUGCCACCUAGCAGACAGCCAGGAAUGCAGGGCUAAAGCUGACAACUUGCUCCAGCAAUGCCACCUAUAGGAGACACUCAGAGGCCAGGAAUACCAGACAUCCCUUGCAUUAGCUUCAUGAUUGUCGCGCAGCCAGGUCACUGACACCAGCUUCUACCUCCAUGAUUGUCGCGGUGUCUUGAUAUCUUGUGUCUAGUUUGAAGACUAGAGAUGGCUUGUAUACCAGGUUCCGGUAUAAGUAAACAAUAAAUAAGUAAACCUUGGAUUAAUGUGAAUUAAUGUAAACUGCAAAUUAACAUUGGCAUCUGAAUUGAAGGUGUUUGAGAUUUUGUAAAAAGUAAAAAGUCAUCAAUUAAAAAGG